UUAACAGGAGUCACUCAGGAAUACUGGUGAGGUCUGUUAGUAGGUACAACAGUGGUGUUCAAUCUACUCCUUCACCAUACACUACUCCAAACACACAUGAAGUACCUUCACUCUUGCCUCAUAUGAGAAAAUUCUUUACACCUCCACUUCCUCCAGAAUAUUCAAAUCCAUUUGCUGACAAACCAACUUUACGAGGCAGUUAUUCUGAUUCAGGUUCAUCAAACAGACGUCCAAUUCCGCCACCUCCGCGACCCCCUUCAAACAGAGAACGAAUUCCAGAUAGACCUCCAGACCUUGUUCCAUUGGAGAAGGAGAGGUCAUCUUCCCGAGACAAAAAGAAGCCUCUGAAUACACCAAGUUUCAACCGACCCCCAGAAACUCCUUUUUCUGAAGUAAGCAACAGCAAUUUCAAUGUACGGCACAAUAAUGAAUCGGAAUACGAAACUGUUCCCAGUUUACAUUCUCCAAGUGUUUCACGUAUAUUGUCUGGAAGCAGUGGCCGAAAACCAAGUAACCCAGGAAUUAUUAUAAAGCCAAAUACAGAAUCCAAAGCCCCUCAGUUACCAGAUUCCACAGAUACUAAAGAGAAACAGACAGGAAUUUCUGGAGUACAGGAUACUGUACCAGCAGAUGCUGACUUAGCUGUGGAUGAGCGUAGUACAAGACGUGAUGAAGAGUUACCAGAUGAUCAACAGCAGCCUCCUAAAUCUGAUGAUCGUGGGAUUCAUGUGGCUAUUUCUCCAAGUACACCAGCCCACAAAGAUCUUCGUGGCAAAUGGGGUGUUGCAUGGGAUGUUCAUGUGUAUCUUACUGGAAGCCUGUUUACAGUGCUUAGUAUUUGCUCAUUCAUCAACAUUGCACGUGCAAAUUCGUGUAGACGACUGCUUUCAUAUGGCUAUUUUGUGUCAUUGCAUGCAUUACUGUUUGUAGUUGGUAUAUUGCGUAGUGUAUAUCUGUUUUAUGAUGGGUACAAUGUGAAUAAGUCUUUUCCAGAACCAGUUUCACUUUUGAUGUUUCACAUUGUUUCACCUUGCAUCACAUCUGCAUUUUUAGUACUUUUUCUCUUCCUCCUCUUAACUACAAAGGUCUAUGUAUUUGGUGUUUAUUUGCAGAAACCUACUGUUAUUGCAAUUUUUAUAAUUGUACAUAUUGUUUUGUGUGUUAGUUUGGACCUUGCAUCUGGCUUUUCUCCAGAAUCUUUUCUAUCUCUGAUUUGUCAGUGUUUGUUUGUCCUUAUAUGUGUAUGUGUUGGCCUGGCAUAUUUGUACUCAUACAGGAUGUUAGUCAGGUCUGCAUCUCGUAAAAUGGAUAGCUCAUUUGGAAACAAUUUCACAAAUAUUCAUCACCCAACGCUAUCUAUAGCAAUACGUUUGACAUUAGCUGCAGCACUAUUAAGUUUGCUGCUGUCAGCUGCCCAUUUGUAUGGGAUAUUUGGUGUUGAUGACAAUUUAGAGUGGGAGGGUAAGUCUCUUCCUUGGCUGCGAUGGGGUCAUCAGUUUUCAGUUCGGGUAAUAGAGAUUGCAAUUUGCUUCUUACUGCUGAGUGCUGGUGUUCAGCCUAUGCGCCAGGAUCGUGCUGAAGCCGCAAAAGGGCAGCAAAAUUCAGGCCUUGCACUAUUUCGUUGUCGUCAGUGCACUAAUACGACCCAGAGUAAUGAAACAGCUGAUGACAUUUAUCCGGCUGUAUGUGUAACAAAUCAAGCUAUUCAUGACUAUACUGUUCGUACAGGGAAGAAAGUUUAUGAUGAUUCAUUCCCAUUAAACAAUCUUCACACCAGUUUCUCUGCUUCAGAAUCUGGUUUUUCUGUCUCUACCUCAGAACGUAGGCUUUUGAGAAAGUCAGGCUAUGUUCCACAUGAGGCUCCAUUUCCAGUUACAGAAGUGGGAUCUUCUGAGAGGAGAUCUGUCAAGAAAGGUCCAGUAUUUACAGGAGAAAGAGCGGAGUUUGAUAUUCCUUUCUCAACUGUUGAAGUUAGGCGAUCAUUGAAGGGUAGUGGGACUCUUGCGAGACAUAAUGUGAGACGACCAGAACCAUCAUUUAAAUGUAGCUCGUCAAAUGAUGGACAGGCGCACAAAACUUCAGGGAUUAUUGAGUCACAAUAUUGUGGUGCGCCAGUGAGUUCUGAUGUCCGUCGUUCAGUGAAAAAAUCGGGUACACUUGUGUCUCUAAACUCUGAAAGGCGAACUCCUGUACAUCAGCAUAGGAAUGUGUCACAAACAUUGUCAUCAGCAAGAGAGAGAAUAUCCCCUUCAAUGUUAGUGGCAGAGAAUGGGUUUGUUAGGUUCCGCACUUUAGCAGACACAGAAUUGGAUCCAAGUGAAAUGGUACGUAGAUAAAAUGUUGGAGUGUGGAAAAAAGAGAUUGUUUUAGAUUGUAUGUUAAAUGUCUAUUUGAUGUUGUUUAAAAGAGUGCUGCUGAGCACAUAACUGCAGUCUGUCGUGUCUAUAAGAAUAAUCAGAUCUGUACUACUCAAACUUAUUGCUUGUGGCUACUGCCACUUCACUUGGUUUCUUGUAUGAAACUGUGUGUUGGAGCAGUAAUGAAACUGUUAUGCCACACAUGGUUUUCUGUAGAAAACGUGU